GCCGCCAGCUGCCUUGGUGGUUUUCUGCCAGGACUUCUGUCAUUGCUCGGCCCAGCGCUUGGUGAUCUCCGUUCUGACCGCACUGCUGGCUCUGAACCUGUUCCGCUUCUUACAGCGUCCGUUGACAUUUGUCUGCGAGGACUUGCUUGCCAAGAUCUGCACAGUCAAGAUUGGAGGAUGCGUCUUGGUCCUCCUGCAUGAAGUGAUCUGGGUUCUCCCUGCCGUCAAGAGGGUGGCUCCAUGUUCUGCGUGGUUUGCCUUGGGCAACACUUUGCUGAUGGACACCAUCGUCUUGGCCUUCUUGAAAGUUCCUCGCGAGGAGCGUUGUGGUCGACAAGCCGCUUGCCGUGUGCUCCAUGCAGCAGUCAGCCUGACCAGCGAUUUUCUGCCGUUUGCAGCGGUAUUCUUCCUUUGGCUGGCAUCUUUGGGGAUGGUCAUUGCGGCUUCGCUGGUGCCCUGCAUGGCUCUCUUGCUGCACGAGGCUGUCCGUGACUUGCGCCGCAGACGGCAGCAACACGGAACGCUCCAAAUGGCGGUGUUUGUCCUUUGCUCCGCCGUUCGAGUAAUGUCUUCCUUCUCAGCCGGCGAGCUAAAGGACAGAGACAUUCUGGCCAUUUGGAUGGAGCGUGGAUCGUUAGCGCUGUGGCUCGUCCUGGAGGCUGCUGUGUUUUUCGACGUCUCCAUCGUCCGGAGAGGGGUGUCCUGUGCCAGAGAUGGAACUUCGCAGGUUCUAUGGAGCAUCGCCUGUGUUGGUCAGGUCACCCUUGUGGCUUGCAGCCUGGUGAACCCCUCUACGACACCUCCUGGAGAAGGAUGUCGGGGUGUGAAAAUCUUCCCUAUCUUCCCUUCUCCCCGGCGACAAGGUACAUCCGAAUCCUCAACCGUUUGGCUAUGGCGGCUUCGAGAAGCCCUGGCUGGAUCCUGUCGCGGGAGCACGGCCACCACGCUCCAGGUCACCGCCCUGAUGCUUAUGCUGCUGUGCUACUGGAGCAUCCAUGCACCGGUUUUGACGGGAUGGUUCAGGCGGACCAGACAGGCGAUGGUGCAAGCGUUAACACACAUCGAUCCCAGCCAGGUUAUCUUCUUCGAUCAUCCCUGUCACAGCAAUUCAAGCAACCAGAAGUGGACACUUGGCACAUGUGCCGUGUUUGCUGCAGUGUUCGUAUCUCGUGCAUUACGCGGUCUGUCCAUCGGCUCCCCAGCUGUGGCACAGGUUCCGGCAGAAAGGCGCCUCACAUUUGCGGCAACUGAUGCUGCGAAUGCAGAGUCCAGCCGCAGAGUCAAGGCCACACCUUCUACACCGAUUAGCCACAGAGCCUGCGACGCGCUUGCCACACAGCUACAGAUGCCCGUGUGUGAACACUGUGAGCAUCUCUCCUCUCAAUUCUCAUCGUUUGCAUUCCCACCUCGCUUCGUUUGGAUGGAAGACAUCGACGAUGUGCUACAACGAUGGCAGAGCCUCAAGCCCGACGGCGCCGUCUUUCGUGCCGAGUGUCUGGACGAUGCUGUCUCCAUGGUGAGCAACAUCAUUUCGGAGUCCGGUGCAGAGAGGUGUCUGCAGCGCAAAGCACUCAUGCUGCUGCGGCCGGACAGUGAGAUCAACGUUCCGUUGAUGAUCCAGCUGCUGCAAAUUGAUGAAUCAUUUGAGUUUUCGGAGGUCAAAAAGUCCUGCACCACAUCUCAACAUCCUCCUGCCCAAUCUGCCGUGGUGUACUUUCCCUACUUCUGGCAGGCCAUGCAAGAGCUUCAGAUGCGAUUGUUCCCGCGAGAGGGAAGAGCCCCCAUUGCCAUAGAGGCCGCCAGCUUCCGGGAUGCGGUCCUAGACCUGGCAGCCACCGGCAGCCUCACCACUGCCGGCUUCGCAGAUCUCAUCGUCGUAAGCCAGAAAGAUUCGUUGGACCACCGAGCCUGGGACCGAUUGCUGGAAGCUGCCCACUUCUUGGUUGAACAGGAGAGGCCCAAGACGGCAGAACGACAGCCACAGACGUCCGCGGAGACGCUGCAGCAAAUGACGUGCUCGCACAAGCCCAUACACAUGGCUAUUCUGGCCACAAUACUCUUUACGUGGCUCUUCGAGCUGUGCGAAGACUACUGCAGAGGCAACAAAGCCGCUCUGCUCCGGUCGGUCCGUGACGUUCUUGGCUGCUCCUCCCGAGAGGCUUUCGUCCACCUAGCCGCUGCGCAUUGGGACCUGGAGGGGGCCCUCCGGCACUAUGACUUGCAAAGCAAGUUGAACACGCUGGACGCUCUUGAGGCUUGCCGGCCAGAUGCUUCGGGGUGGAAUUCGCAUGCAGCCAAGCUGAGAAAGGCCGAACGCGACUGUCCUAUCUGUGCAUGCGAUUUUUGCAUCGGUUCCGAGCCCAUCGUCACUUCCUGCUGCUUCAAAGCCAUUUGCGCGCACUGCGUUGCUGUGCUCGUGGCUGCUGGUAGCACCGACGGCAUUCUGCUUUGCCCUUUCUGCAGACAAAGCUCCGACGUCCCGACCGUCAGGAGGGGCCACCUUCCAGAGAUCUCAAGCGCGGCAGCAGCGCCGGAGGACCCGAUUGAGCAGCUUGCCGAUGCAGCUUACAGUCUGGCGUGCUCGGUGCUGACGGUUGGCGGCACGCUCUUGGAGGAGCUCAGGAAGCUGCUGCGAUAUGCCGACGACCCGCACUGGCUGUCUAGCACCGUCCAGAACGCAUCGCUGAUGAACACCGUAGACGUGCGGCUGAACGUCGUCCUGCCCUUUCCACCACGGGAGAGCAGGCUGGUGGGAUCACGCUGA